UAUCAGCAUUCCCUGAUAACAUCGUAAAACCAUUUCCACGCCAAUAAAUAUCCGAAGGUUCCCCUUUUUGUCCCUCGUUCCUGCCAGUAAUAGACUGAUUCGCUAUCCGAUUCCGCCUUCGUCGAAAAGCCCAUUCGUUUCUCAGUCCCCUCGAUCUCGAUCUAAUGGCGAAAGAACCAGUCCGCGUCCUCGUUACCGGAGCCGCAGGACAAAUUGGAUAUGCGCUUGUCCCUAUGAUUGCUCGGGGAGUGAUGUUGGGUGCAGACCAGCCUGUAAUCCUGCACAUGCUUGAUAUCCCGCCUGCUGCAGAGGCAUUGAAUGGGGUGAAAAUGGAGUUGGUGGAUGCUGCAUUCCCACUUCUUAAAGGUGUUGUUGCUACAACUGAUGUUGUUGAGGCAUGCACUGGGGUUAACAUUGCAAUCAUGGUUGGUGGGUUCCCGAGGAAAGAAGGCAUGGAAAGGAAAGAUGUGAUGUCGAAAAAUGUGUCAAUUUACAAGUCUCAGGCUUCUGCCCUUGAAAAACAUGCAGCUGCAAACUGCAAGGUCUUGGUUGUUGCUAACCCAGCAAAUACCAAUGCACUGAUCUUGAAGGAAUUUGCACCGUCUAUCCCUCAGAAAAACAUUACUUGUUUGACAAGACUCGAUCAUAACAGAGCUUUGGGCCAGGUUUCUGAGAGACUGAAUGUUCAGGUUUCAGAUGUUAAAAAUGUUAUUAUCUGGGGAAAUCAUUCAUCAACCCAGUAUCCUGAUGUCAGCCACGCAACAGUGAAAACGCCAUCUGGAGAGAAGCCUGUCCCUGCUCUUAUUGCUGAUGAUGCAUGGUUGAAGGGAGAAUUCAUAACUACUGUUCAACAACGCGGUGCUGCAAUAAUCAAAGCUAGAAAGCUGUCAAGUGCAUUGUCAGCUGCCAGCUCUGCUUGUGACCACAUACGUGAUUGGGUCCUUGGAACCCCAGAGGGCACUUGGGUAUCCAUGGGGGUGUACUCUGAUGGUUCAUACAAUGUACCUGCUGGACUCAUUUACUCAUUCCCCGUCACUUGCUGCAAUGGAGAGUGGACGAUAGUUCAAGGACUUUCAAUCGAUGACUUCUCGAGGAAAAAGCUGGACUUGACAGCAGAGGAGCUCACUGAGGAGAAGGCCUUGGCUUACUCAUGCCUCUCUUGAAUGCUCUCGUUCCUUACAUAACGUGGUAGCACGUUUGGUUUUUUCCUGUUUGUCUCUAGAAGUAGCUUGCAGUUUUGAAUAAUGCCAUUGUUAAAGAUUUAGAGAAACUGUUAAUGAUGGAGAGGCUGCUUCUUUAGAUUUUAUAUUUGUCGCAGCUUUAAUUUCUACUCGGACUGUUGAAUUUAUAACGGUUAUCCUUAUAUUGCUAUCAAAUGCGCAUUUGAACA